AUGGACGACUUUUACAAGCGCAGGGAGGAAUGCACGAAGGCUGCGAUGGAGUCUGGAAUAACGAAUGCACUAAAAUCGCUCGUCGUGGCAGUCCCAAUCGUCGCGUUUCUGUCCACGCGAUCCCAUUUUGUGAAACAUUCCGUCUCGACGAAGACAGCACUGAUUGUCUCUCCUUUCUUCUUCUCGUUUUUCCUUUCCUCGGAACUCGAGAUGAAUCGAUGCAAACGACGACAGGCGGGCAUGUCCAGUUAA